UUGGGUGGACGCACACACACACAAAAAAUAUUGAAAGUGAAGGAAGGGGAAAACCUUGCGAGCUGCUGGCCAUUUUGCCCAGCAUAUACUAUGCACAGGCUUGGCUAUAGCAGCCCCCCAAGGUUUUCACUUUUCCUUUUUGGUCAUUGCAUCGGCGCUCACUAUGUGGGCAUGAGCGCAACAAUUUUAUUUCCUCUGUGAUCUUUGAUGCAGCUAGUUCGUUCACAAUAGCCAUGCGCCGUCUUAUUCACACAGUGCUCGUCGGAGCAUUGGUGCUCGUGGCCGCUUUCGGACAGGCUGAAACCCGUGAAAGUCUCGAGCAGCAGCAGCAGCAGCAAUCUAGUACGUCUAACGACCAAUUACAGCCAGAUAGCAACGAGAAAUUCAAAGCGGCUAAUUCGGCCGAGCUUCACGAAAAGGCCAUCGACACGCUCAUUUUGACGACAACCGAGGGCUUGUCGAUUUCGUCAGAAACGUCGGUCGAAAAGGAUUCACCCAAAACGAGUGAAAGAGUCAACGUGACGGCCAACGCCGAGGAACCGGACGACGUCUCCUUGGAAAUGGGUUCACUGGAUGGCAAGAUAAAAGUGAUUGUUCCAGUUAGUAAGGAGACCGUUACAGUUGAGCCAACUGCAGCGCAGCAGGCCGUCAAUGAAACGGCGUCCAGUGAUGAAGUGGAGACGACGACGACGACCCAGCAGGUGGCGAUUCCGGUCGGCAAUCGGAACCCAAUCGCCAAUCGACUGCUGCAAAAUCGGUUGACUCGUUUGAGAACGACGACCGUCCGCAAUGUUGUUUCAACCUCGAAAGAUUCGGACGAAGAAAGCGAUUCGACCGGGAGAACAACAACUCGACCGGCGAUAAGUGCUGGCGGUCAGGCCCAGCAAAGCGAUUCGGGCAAACGCGUUUUCGGCAGAAUCCGAACGACGACGGCCAAAAGUCCGACGACAACAACCGCGCAAGAUUCCAAAGAAGAUGUUGUUGUCGCAACAACAACGACAGUUCGCAAUUCCCCGUCCGGCAACCGGUUCAGCCGCGUUCGUGCAACAACAGCAAAGACAACAACAGGCAGAGCUAGCGAGUCUUCCGAACGAGAAGAUACGAUCAGCACAGCCCGGCCGACGACCGUCCGGAGUUCGCUAGUUAAUCGCUUCAGUCGGCUGAGAGCGACAACAACAACAGCCGCCACCACAAUUUUGAAAGACUCUGGCGAACAAGUGGAGAUUGUUACCCCGUCGCCGCCCACGACGACUCCUCGCAGUUUGCCCAGGAAUCGAUUCAACAGCUUCCGAGGUACGACGACGAGCAAACCCGUUGCGAGGGACUCUGACGAGCAAACGGAAAAAGUGAACGCCAUCCAGACGACGACGACGACGGCCCGCAAUUUCGUUCCGGGCAAUCGAUUCGCCCGUUUGCGGACAACAACAAUCGGCAGCACUUCAACUUCAAUUAAAACAACGGCAAAUUCGGAUGAAGAAAUUGAGGUGACGACGAUGACGCCCAGGAGUUUGAGGCCGGCCAACCGAUUUAGCGGUCGGGUUCGAUCGACGACGACAGCUCGUACAACAACCGUCACGAAGGAUUCGGAUGAAGUUGUCGAUUCCGGAAUUGUUUCGACGACGACAGCCCGGAGUUCCACGCGAGGAAACCGAUUCCGCUUUAGCGGUUUGAAACCUACAACCACUCCAACAACAACAACAACUCGAGUUUCGAAAAGUUCAGACGAACAAGACGAUCCAGUGAGCGGAAUCCAAAGUACAACCGUCCGCAAUUCAAAUUUGAGAAACAAAUUCAUCCGGACGAAACCGGUUCGUGUUACAACCACCACAAUGCCAAAAGAUUCCAGUGCAGAGGACGUGGACGAUAAAAACGGGACUCUUAAAUUGAAUUCGACAUUGGCGAGUAACCACACCCAAGUGACGACAAUCUCCGCUCUAUUAAUAUCCAGCGACUCGGGCGAAGACGAUAAAUUCGUUAAUGGAACACUGCUGAUAACGACGACGGCGCGUAAUUUGGAUUCGGACGAGAAAAUCGACUCGGUUAUGAACAACAACGCCACUCAAGAGGUGCCCACCACAACUCGUUCUUCGAUUUUCCUGAAAUAUUUCAACCGCUACCGGACGACCAAGGCCAGCCAAGAUCAUUCCGGCAGCUCCGAUGAAGAAGGAGUAGCCGAUCGAGCCAUCAACGAAACAAGUCCGACACCGCGUCCAAACGUUUUGAAUCGCCUCCACACGGCCGCAGCGUCGAUUCCUCCGGUGACUAACCUCACAGCCCCGGCCAGCCAGUCCUCGGAGACCUCCAACUUGGGCCGCAAAGAUCGGGCGAUUAUUUACAGCUCAGCCAAAUCGGAUAAUCAACUGAUGACGUCGACCGUUUCAACCGCUGAAAUUCCUUCGACAACGAUGGCAACAACAACAACAACAACAACGACCACAACAACAAAAGGAUUUUACGCUUUUGGGAGUUCAGAUGAAAUGGACGAUACCUCCGAGGAUGAUGAUGAUGACGCAAGUCGCGCACCUUACUUCGACCCUUAUUACGGCGUCCCGCUGAGAGAAACUCCGGCAGGUGUUCCCCCAUCGCCGCUGGAGGAAAAUUCACUGGAAGUCGACGACGUUUCUGCGGAAUUGGAAUUCAACAUCACUGCCAAGUCCGAUGACCACAGCUCCGAGGUGGCCAUGGCCGAUAUGGUUCCAACCAAGGUGAGUGACGUCCAGCAUGCUGUUUACCUGCACCCCAACAUGAACGACGACGACGUCUCCGUGGAGGUGAUUUUCAGAGUUCCCAGCAACCAGCCGUACCAGCAGGAUGUCCGAAAUCAAACGGGAAUGGCUCAGCAUGGCGUCCAUUUCGUUCCAGCAGAGUCCGAUGAGGGCAAUGAGGGCUCGGUUGAAGAGAAAGAAGGGUCUGGAGAUGUCCUAGAAGAGAAUAAUACCAACGGUCAAAACAGCACAACAACAGCCAUCCAGCAAGAGACUAAUCCGGUGAAGGACUCGGAUGAGGGCAAUGAAGCCUCAAUGGAGAAGGGAACAAAUGGCCAAGUGCCAGAGGAGAACAACAUGAGUGAAAGUAACACAACAAUGAAAGUUGAUGAGACCCCCCAGAAUUCGGAUGAAAACGACGAUAACUCUUCGCUGGAAAUCGACCUGAGCAAACUGACGGAUAUCCAGCGCAUUUUGACAGACAUCAAAACGGAAGAAGUGAUUUUAUCGCCCAGGGUUUCAACGGUAACUGUAACCGAGACGCCACAAUUUUUCACGGAUGCAAAACCCAUCGAAUUGAUUUUGGAAACUGAAAAUCUAACGACGACAAUGCCCCCAGUCCCAGUGACGGAGGCGAGAAGUCAAAACGAUAGUCUGAGUAGACAACCCGUCAGCAGCGAUGAAGUGACCAUGAAGCUGAAGGAACUUCUCGCCAAUCCGGUGGUCCAGCUGCGACUUGAAGCCAUCGACGGGCGUUUGAAGAGCACGAAAAGCGCCCGAGUCAAGCGUCUCAUUGAGAAAUACUUGGCGGCUCUGGCCAAGUUAUCUACCAGCGGCGCCAGCUCAUCCAUCAGCUUCUCCAUUUUCCUUCCGUUAUUAAUCACCUGCUUUCUGUUUGGGUUUUCGUGAACGUGAACACCUUCCUUUAUUGUGUUGAGCAACUAAUAUGCUCCCUGUAUAUUGCUGUCCAGUUUGAUCAUCAUGUUGUGUCCAACCCAUCAAAAGAUAAUCGUCGUAUCCGCAAAAACAUUUUGCUCAACAUCUCUCUCUAUUUUUAGCUAUUAUAAAAACGGUGUACCUUUAUCGGUCAGUGUAACCACCCACGCAAUCCCGCACCACACCCAUUGUUUCUCUCUCUCCCUCUAUAUUAUAACAGAAUUGCAUUCUCUUUCCUAUAUCCCCUCACGAAAGAAAAAGUGAAAAAAUACAGAUACGACAAUUCGCGCA